AUGUCCCGUUAUCGAGGGCCUCGUUUAAAAAAAAUACGCCGUCUGGGAGCUUUACCAGGACUCACUAGAAAAACGCCUAAAUCCGGAAGUAAUCAGAAAAAGAAAUUCCAUUCUGGGAAAAAAGAGCAAUAUCGUAUUCGUCUUCAAGAAAAACAGAAAUUGCGUUUUCAUUAUGGUCUGACAGAACGACAAUUACUUAGAUAUGUACAUAUCGCUGGAAAAGCAAAAAGAUCCACAGGUCAGGUUUUACUACAAUUACUUGAAAUGCGUUUGGAUAAUAUCCUUUUUCGAUUGGGUAUGGCUUCAACCAUUCCUGGGGCCCGACAAUUAGUUAACCAUAGACAUAUUUUAGUUAAUGGUCGUAUAGUUGAUAUACCAAGCUUUCGUUGCAAACCCCGAGAUAUUAUUACUACGAAGGAUAACCAACGAUCAAAACGUUUGGUUCAAAAUUAUAUUGCUUCAUCCGAUCCGGGCAAAUUACCAAAGCAUUUGACGGUUGACACAUUGCAAUAUAAAGGACUAGUAAAAAAAAUUCUAGAUAGGAAGUGGGUCGGUCUCAAAAUAAAUGAGUUGUUAGUUGUAGAAUAUUAUUCUCGCCAGACUUGA